UUCGUUUUGUAAACUUGUCACAUUUGUGAUGCAUUCGUACUUUUUGUAAACAUAGAAACGUUUGUUUUGUUUGUAUGUUAAAAACUUGUUUAGGGAAAUUAUAAAAAUGUCCGAUAAUUUUAUACCUUUAAACCAAAGUACUCCAGUUCACAACCGAUGGCAACAGAAUAAUAGUCAAAACUCAAGAUAUAAGGGUCGUGGUGGUGGAAAUCGUGGAGGCCGCAACAAUAGCUGGACUAAUUCGCGAAAUAGCUUUGGAAACAAUUCUAGUAACACUAGUUAUAAUGCCAAUAACAGUCCACAACAAGAAAGGUUUAAUGUAGAAGCUUAUAUACAUCCGUCAAUGCUGCAAGAUCCCUGGGCUGAACUGCAAAGAGAAAUGGCUCAUAAUAAUAGUACUUAGGACUUAGUAUUAAAGUUUUCAAUACAUAGCUUAAGAAUAUUGUAAAUAAAAUCAGUGAAAAGUGUUUGUUAUGCUUGUUUCUUUGUCUGUAAGUAGACAUUUUUUGCUUUUAAAGUACUUUAGAACUGACAAUAUUAUAAUUUGAGAAAGACUUGUAUGUGUUUUCCAAAAAUAUAUUAGAUAUAGUGACUGGUUAUUAGUCUAGUCUAUUUAAGUUUUUAGUUUUGAUUCAAAUAUACAAGAAAUUGUACAUUGGGCAAUUGGGCAUUAGUAUAGCUAAUUGUACUAGGUAGUUGACACUUAAAAAUAUGAUUAAAAAAAAAGUACCUCCUUCUUUUUUUGAAGUCGGUUAAAAAUUGAUUCACAUCAGUUCUGCAUUUGUAAUUAAUUAUUUUAUUCAUAGGCAUAUAUCAUUUGUAACUAUUGUUUGUAAAAGUCGUUCAUACUAUAGAUAUCAAUAAUUGACAAUAUGGCAAGGUAUCAUCCUUUAUAAUAUUCAUUAUUCCACCAUUGAAACUACAUAUACACAAUAUUCUAUCAUCAUUACAUCUGCUACAAUAUGUCCACUGCUUAUUGCAGUGCCCUCCAGUAAGUAUGACUGCUAAAAAUUUAUUACUUAACUAGCUUCUGCCAUCACAUCACCUGACCAGCUUAUAAAAUAGCCUGUGCUAUUCCAUACUAUGGUCUAGUCUAAAGCCAUAUAGUUUGUAUGAAAGAGUUACAACCAUCCAUAUAAACAAUGUCUCGCAGUUGUAAUACUUGUAGUAAUUACUACUGUUGCAUUCAAGCAAUGUAGUGUUGUAAGAUAUGAGUAGUAAAAUAAAAUCAUCCAUAAGUAGGUACCUAAUAUAAAAGUAUUUAAGUGUUUUAAGUACUUAUAAUUAUAUCGAGACCAUCAAUGUAUCUCAGAAAUUUAAAUAUGAAACUGAAUUCAAUAAACAUGAAAAGUUAAUUAAA